AUGAGUGCAUCUGGAUACUACGAGCUUUACCGUCGAAGCACCGUGGGGGCAACUUUGGUCGACGCGUUAGAUGCGUUAAUCAGUGAUGGUCGUAUCGAGGCGUCUUUAGCAAUGCGAGUUUUGGAUACUUUUGAUCGUGUAGUGGCCGAAGCACUUAAGGACAAAACUGAGGCCAAAUUGACGUUUAAGGGCCAUCUACAUACAUACCGCUUUUGCGACGACGUUUGGACCUUCAUUAUUGAAAAUUGCAGCGUCAAAGUCGAUCAAACGGAUGAUAUCAAAGGUAAUAACCUUGUCGUGGAUAAACUAAGAAUUGUGGCAUGUAACUCUAAGAAAACCGGCGAAUAA